GGGAGGGAGAGAGCUGCAGUAAAAGAAAGAAAGAAAGAAAAGAAAGUGGCUGUGAAGAGGAUCUGAUCUCCGCCUUGGAAGUUGAGGAUUAUCUUAAACUGCACGAAAACAAAAGACUAAAUUAAAGAAAUUGUCAUCUCUUGUCUUCUGAGACUGGACUGUCCCCCUUCACUGUUCACACCCCCUUUUGGACUGAAGGGAGGGAGGAGGAGGGUGGCUUGUCCAUCAUGAAUGUCACCUCGCUCUUCUCCUUCACUGGCCCAGCCGUCAAACAGCUGCUGGGUUGGAAGCAGGGAGACGAGGAAGAGAAAUGGGCAGAAAAGGCGGUGGAAGCUUUGGUUAAGAAACUGAAAAAGAAGAAGGGAGCCAUGGAGGAGCUGGAGAGGGCUCUCAGCUGCCCCGGUCAGCCCAGUAACUGUGUGACAAUCCCCCGUUCCCUGGACGGACGGCUGCAGGUGUCCCACAGGAAAGGUCUGCCGCAUGUCAUCUACUGUCGGGUGUGGCGCUGGCCCGACUUACAGUCCCACCAUGAGCUGAAGGCCCUGGAGUGCUGCGAGUACCCCUUUGGCUCCAAACAGAAAGAUGUGUGCAUCAACCCAUACCACUACAAACGAGUGGACAGUCCAGUGCUGCCGCCUGUGUUGGUGCCGAGGAACAGUGAGUUCAACGCCAAGCAUACGAUGCUGCCUCGCUUCCGCAAUCCUCUACAGCAGAAUGAGCCACACAUGCCCCAGAAUGCCACCUUCCCAGAGUCCUUUGCUCAGGCCAACACAAUGACUUUCCCGCAAUCGCCGGUAAACAGCUACCCAAACUCACCAGGAAGUGGCAGCAGCAACACCUUCCCUCAUUCACCAUCCAGCUCCGACCCCGGCAGUCCGUUCCAGAUGCCAGAGACUCCCCCUCCUGCCUACAUGCCUCCAGAGGAGCAGAUGACUCAGGAGUGUCCCCAGCCUAUGGACACCAACCUCUUGGCUCCACCCUUGCCCGUAGAGAGUAACAACCGGCCAGAUGUGCAGCCCGUGGCCUAUGAGGAGCCCAAGCACUGGUGUUCUAUUGUUUACUACGAGCUCAACAAUCGUGUCGGAGAGGCGUUCCAGGCUUCCUCCACCAGUGUGCUUGUCGACGGCUUCACAGAUCCCUCCAACAACUGCAACCGAUUCUGUCUCGGCUUGCUCUCCAACGUCAACCGCAACUCUACCAUUGAGAACACCCGGCGGCAUAUCGGAAAAGGUGUCCAUCUAUAUUACGUUGGUGGGGAGGUGUACGCAGAAUGUCUGAGUGACAGCAGUAUCUUCGUCCAGAGUCGUAACUGUAACUUCCACCACGGCUUCCAUCCCACGACUGUGUGUAAGAUUCCCAGCGGCUGCAGCCUGAAGAUUUUCAAUAACCAGGAGUUUGCAGAGCUGCUGGCCCAGUCCGUCAACCACGGCUUCGAGGCUGUUUAUGAGCUCACAAAGAUGUGUACCAUCCGCAUGAGCUUCGUGAAGGGCUGGGGAGCAGAGUAUCACCGCCAGGAUGUGACCAGCACACCCUGCUGGAUUGAGAUUCACCUGCACGGUCCCCUGCAGUGGUUGGAUAAGGUUCUAACCCAGAUGGGCUCCCCCCACAACGCUAUAUCCUCCGUCUCCUAGGCUCCGAUGUCCUCACCUGUGGCUGUCCACACCCCAGCAUUUUAGUCUAAGUAGCAAGAAAAGGGGCUAGCUGGUCCCAGACUAGUUUGUUUUUCAGUCAACAGGUGAUAGAGGUUUAGACUAAAACACAGGCUGAUCUGGGACCUGUCGGGUUGGACGGGUUGUUAAAUGGGUUUGGGUUUGUUCUCUACUUGAAGGACGUCUGAAUUGGGCACAUUUACAGACUGGGAGAGGGGUGAGUAAAGUGAGCGUGAUGCAACUGGAAGAUACUUGAUCUUUGUGACCAACUGUAAUAAUUAGACCAUCACACUCAUCAUGACGCAGGAAUCCUCCCCGAUCUUGCUCCCACACGUCUCUUUUUAAAUGUUCUAUUAUUCUGACUCAUAACUAGUUUGCAUCUAAAUAUUCCCUUGAAAAAGAAAAUCCAGAUACACGUGUGUAGUUAAAAUAAUUAUGGGACAUUCCAGGUCACCGAAUUUGCAGUUGGCUGCUGUUUUCUGUCUGACUGUAACGAGGUUGACGGGAAAUGUACUUACAACGUGUACAAAGUUUGCAGGGACUUGGAGGACGAGUGGAAUGACAGAAAAAUUUAAGUCAUCUCCAGACACAAGAAUGCUGUUUCCUCAAAGUCUUCUUAUGUAAAGUAAAUGAAAUCCCAUUUCACCAACCAUGAAAAUAGUAGGAGGGCAGAUUUAAAGGGAGUUUGAGAGUUCAGGGUGGGGUUUAGUGUGGGGCAUGGCACUAAAAGGGCAUUUCAGACCUAAAUGACUCAUGUUUAAAUGUUGCUCAUCUUGUGUUAUACUCGUGUUUCAAAUGAAUUCUAAGGAAAAAAAAGAAUAGUGUUUAGAUAUAUUCACUAUUAGAAUAUGUGCUGUGCAGUCUGGUUUUGCAAAGCAUAGUUUGGUUAGUGUAGUGUUACACUUUUAAGACUGGUAGCUGAACAUCACAUGGGGCAGAGGUUAGUUUGUCCUUUGCUGUCCGCUCUGCAGCAAAUUCACGAUGUGUCAAAAAUGGAGUCACAUUGAGGACAUAAAUAUUUCAGUGACUGUGCUUCAUUCUCUUAUUACAUUGACUGAGCAGAACUUGUUUAAUGACUGUUAUGGGAAAAUGUUGAGCAUUCAAAUUUUAAUUGUUGACUGAGGGUUAUCGGUAUGCCAAUAUGAAUUUUUUUUAUAAAAUGCAGAUUUUGCCAUUCAAUUCUUUUGUGCUUUCAGCAAAUCCUCUUUGCAAUUCAACUGUUAUACUCUUAACAUUCUUUUUGUAUUUUUGAACAAGUCUUCUGUUAUUUUUUUGUGUGCACUUUUGUUUCUGAUUUGUUUUGUUUUUCCUCUUUAUGUUUUUGCUCAGUAACGCUCCCAGAAAAGCAGUUUUAUUCCAUGAAUAUCAAGUCUCUACUGGAAGAAUCAAUAAAUUUGUUUCAUUA